CCGAAACUGGUCAACCCCCAACAAGGGUGGCCACGGCCGUCAUGCCAUUCAAUACCGCACCGCUUGGUUACACCACGCCUCCAUUUCCAUCUCUGUACUGGCCCUACAAGGCAAAGCCAGGCGUUGCGAAUUACCUUUACUAUGCCCACGAUAUUUGGCGCCAUACUCUUCUCUGGACCCUUAUCAUAUUUGCUGUGUUCCAUCUGGCUGUGGCAGCAUUUGCCGUGUUGAUGCAAUUGGGAAAAGGCAAGAAAGCUUGGCAAUAUGUUUGGGCCAUCCCACUACUCUACUCUCUGGUUGCUGGGGUUGAGGCUCUGUUAGCCGGAAGUAUCGUUGGUUUGAUCCUUGGCACAGUAUACAAUGCGGGAUACUUCAAAAUGUCGACAUGGAUCCCAUUUAUAUGGGCGCUGAUCAACGUCUUGAUAUUGAUUCUGUCGUCAUUUUCCAUUCAAGGAGGUUUAUGAACGUGAACAUCCGACGGCUCUAUACAAACACAGCACCACUGGCAUGGUUGCAAUAUCAUCUCAAUAUCCAGGGGACCCAGCCACCGCCGCCACGACAUUAUACUCUCUUGAAAUAACCAUGGCCUGGCCAGAGUCCUGACCUU